GGGAGAACUAAAGAGGUAGCACUGCACUGUGUUCUAUAUACAGGACUCCAAUAGGUCUCCCUGACAGCAGAGAGAACCUGGUGCAUUGUGAGGAUGUGUGGGGGAUUAACUCUGACUCUUUUGUCCCUGGCUGUGGGUCUGCUUCUCUGUGGACAAAGGACUCUUUGUCAACUCCUUCCUGACCUUUCUGAUCCUUGUGCUAGCUCAGCUACCCAGGUUCAUGAUAAUGAUAUCGCCUAUUUUCCUCCCUCCCUGCUCCCUCAAAACGAGUCGCCUAGCAACAGUGGAAGUGAAGACAGGAAGAAAAGGGGAGCUACCAUUGAGAAUCGAAAGCUGUGGCCAAAUGGAGUCGUAUAUUACACCUUUUCAAGCAGAUUCAAUGCUGCUGAAAGGAGACAGAUACUGGAGGCAAUGAAGCAUUGGGAAGACCACACCUGCAUUAGAUUCAAACAACGCUCAAACCAGCCGCACUAUGUCAACUUCUUCCCAGGAGCAGGGCACCAGUGCGUCAAGGAUUACAUCAAAGUGUUUAAUAAUCUCCAUGGAAGCGGGGAUGGCCAAGUGAUUUGCGCCUAGCUUGUGAUAUCGACGAGUGUGUGUAUACACACUGCUCUCACAGCUGUCGCAAUCUUCCCGGCUCCUACGAGUGUCGAUGCCCUCGGGGCUUCUUCUUGUCUGCAGAUGGACACAACUGUUUUGGUCACUACUGAAAAUGGCAACAAAGAACACAUAGGAUGUGAUCAUUUCGUCAAUACUGGUGGACCCUGGGCUUCUCAACUGGCUUUGAUGGCUGGAAUUGGAGACCCCACUCACUCUAACAGAGUCAUGCGUGCCCCCCUCCCAGUGAAACCACGGCGACGGUGUGUGUUUGUCAUAAAAUGCCCGGAUCUCAUCACUGAAGAAUGCCCUAUGCUUAUUAAUAUUGAUGGCACGUAUUUCCGGAAGGAAGGAGUACAAAACACUUUCAUAUGUGGAGUGGGGACCCCUGAGCACCUGGAUCACGAUGACCUUGAGUUAGAAGUGGACUAUUCACUGUUUGACGAGUAUGUGUGGCCUAGUAUUGCACACAGGGUACCAGCAUUUGAAUCUUUGAAGUUGCAAAGUGCUUGGGCUGGUUACUAUGAUUACAACACUCUGGAUCAAAACGCAAUUAUCGGGAGGCACCCUGUCAUUAAUAACUUGGUAUUUGCCAAUGGCUUUAGUGGCCAUGGCAUACAACAGUCACCAGCUGUAGGUAGAGCAGUUAGCGAAAUUGUUUUAGAUGGUUGUUCGCACUCUAUUGAUCUCAGUAGAUUUUCCUUUGAAAGAGUUGUGAAUGGUCAGCCAUAUAUACAAAGAAAAAAACAUUGUGUAAGAGAGAUUUUUUUUAUACAUAUUCUUACGCCAAACUUCAUUCAGAUGUGUCUUUAAUUUUUGUGUGUAAUUUUCACCCUAACGGUUUGAAUUGGGAAUGGAAGUAGUUGAACAAUG